CUCAACUCGCCCGAGUAGACUCGCCGGCGCGUGACCGAGUCGAAACCAUGUCCGACGGCACCAAACCCAUCGACGACCCGUUUCUCGUCGGUUACCAGCCGUCGGAGCUCCGAAUCGCCUCGGAGUUUCUCACCACCUGGCUCCCCUUCCUCACCAGAGAUCUCUGCCCCCUCUGCGCCACCUCUCUCGCCGAUCGCGUCCGCUCUCUCAGCCCAGAAGCUAGCAGUGAUUCUAAGCCGGCUAAUCCGGAUGAGAAUUUGACACCAAAGGGCAAGGAAGUGCAAAUGGCUAGUGAUAAUGGUAAUGGGGAUGAUGACUAUGAUGAUAACUACGACACGAAUUCGCUAGGUAGUUGGAAGGACGGGACGGAUGAGAUAUCAGAGCCCUACCAGGACGCUUCUACCAGUGACGUUGCGUCUAAGUCCCCCUCGGUGGAGACUUCGAAUUCUAAAAUGUCGUGGGCUGAUAUGGCGCAGGAAGACGAGCUGGAGGAGGAGGAGGAGUUGAAUAAGCGGUUGGUUAGUGUAAAUGCCUCUGCUGGUGAUUUGAGGAUUACAAAGUCUACAUUGCCGAGGGAGAAGAGGGAGCACAUUAGGUUCAUGAGUGUGAAGAGGAAGAAAGAUUUUGUAUCUCUCGAGAGGGAUAAAGGGAAGUAUGUAAAUGUUGUUGAGGGGCUGGAGCUUCACACUGGUAUAUUCAGUGCAGUGGAGCAAAAGAGGAUAGUUGAUUUUGUUUAUGACCUCGAACAGAAGGGCAGAAACGGUGAAUUGAAACCACGAACUUUUACUGCACCACGGAAAUGGAUGAAGGGCAAGGGCCGUAUAACAAUCCAGUUUGGUUGUUGCUACAAUUAUGCAGUGGAUAAAAAUGGUAAUCCACCUGGUAUCCUCCAAAACGAAAUGGUAGAUCCUUUACCCAGCCUUUUUAAGGUGAUCAUUAGGAGGCUGGUUAGAUGGCAUGUGCUUCCUCCGACAUGUAUACCUGAUAGUUGCAUUGUCAACAUAUACGAGGAAGGGGAUUGUAUACCUCCGCACAUUGACAACCAUGACUUUGUUCGCCCGUUCUGUACCGUGUCAUUUCUUAGUGAGUGUAAUAUACUUUUUGGAACAAACUUAAAGAUUAUUGAUGCUGGUGAGUUUGAAGGCCCACUUAGAAUUCCCCUGCCAGUUGGAUCUGUUCUGGUUUUAAAAGGAAGAGUUGCUGAUGUGGCUAAACAUUGUGUGCCUGCAGUACCUACGAAGCGGAUAUCAAUCACAUUUAGAAGAAUGGAUGAAUCAAAGCGGCCAGUGUGGUAUACUCCAGAACCUGAUUUGCAAGAUAUUCAACCGUUGUCCUAUGAAGAGGACAACAGUUAUAGGUCACACUCUCCUAGAAGUGAACCCCGUACAAGGAGACAAUCAACUAGAAGAGGAGAUAACCUAGAAUCAGGUGGACCGUCUGAAAGAAGUUACAGCCACUCAGAGAAUCGCGACUCAACUUGGAGAGGACGCAGAUCUGGAAGUAGGUGGAAUCGUGGAAGAGGCAGGGGUAAUCUGGGGAGCUAGUUGGUGGCUUCCUUGUCAGAUAAAAGGAAGAGGCAAAGGCAAAGGUAGUGAUGACACAAGUCUCGACUUUAU